CCAGGAGCGCGCAGCGCCGCGUCCCCAGCUGCGGCGGCGGCUAUGGCGGCGGCGGCGGCCUCGCAGCGAGACCCGGGCGAUUGGCAGGACUUCUCGGGAUUCCAGCCCUCCGCGGGGAGCGGCCCCGAGGCCGCCCGCGAAAAGAGCGGCUGGGGCGGCGGGGAUCUAGGGGCGAAGCUGUCCCUCUGCUUCGAGCCCCCGCAGGCCCGGGCUGGCGGCGGCGAGAGCCGUGUUCCGCUGCGGCCGCUCACGGAGCAGAGCGCGCUGCAGGACGACGAGAUUUGGAAUGCUUUGACUGAUAAUUAUGGUAAUGUGAUGGCAGUUGACUGGAAAUCUUCCCACACCAGAGCUUUGCACUUGCCAACACUGAAUCUUUCAGAAAAAGGGGUAAAUGACAACUUGAACCUCGACCUGUCAGAUGAUGAAGAGCUGAGAGAACAGUUGGAUAUGCAUUCUAUCAUUGUUUCCUGCAUCAAUGAAGAACCACUCUUCACAGCAGAGCAGGUGAUUGAAGAAAUAGAGGAAAUGAUGCAGGAAUCGCCUGAUCCAGAAGAUGAUGAAACUCCCACCCAGUCAGAUCGGCUCUCUAUACUUUCCCAGGAAAUUCAGACUCUCAAGAGAUCCAGUACAAACAACAGCUAUGAAGAGAGAGUAAAAAGAUUGUCUGUUACUGAAUUAAAUGAACUGCUAGAAGAAAUUGAGACUGCUAUUAAGGAUUAUUCUGAAGAACUGGUACAGCAGUUGGCUCUACGAGAUGAGUUGGAGUUUGAGAAGGAAGUGAAAAACAGCUUCAUUUCUGUCCUCAUCGAAGUACAAAACAAACAGCGAGAACACAAAGAAACAGCGAAGAAGAAAAAGAAGCUGAAAAAUGGUAGUCCUCAGAAUGGCAAACAAGAAAGAGGUCAUAUGCCUGGAACACGCUUCAGCAUGGAAGGGAUCUCAAAUGUCAUACAGAAUGGCUUCCGCCACACGUUUGGAAACUCGAGUGGAGAGAAACAGUACUUAACAACCGUCAUUCCUUAUGAGAAGAAAAAUGGACCCCCAUCUGUUGAAGAUCUUCAAACAUUAACCAAAAUUCUUCAUGCCAUGAAAGAGGAUAGCGAGAAAGUGCCAAGCUUGUUAACAGACUAUAUUUUAAAGGCAUUGGUUUGAAAGCUGGAUUGCUCUGAGUUCUGUGUCCUACAUGAAGAGGGCUGCCUUUCAGAAUUAGCCAUGCUCCUUUCUGUGAUGAGAAGCUUUCCUUGGAUAUAACUCAUAUUAUUUUUUCAUUUGGCUCUAUACCUAAAGCAGUAUUCAUUUACCUCCUCUGUGUGUGUGGAUUUUCUGAUUAUACAGUAAGUCAACUGGGCAUGACAACUCAUCCAGUUUAACUUAAUAGUGCAAUGAACUGGAGCAGGGAACAAACACUGUACAGUUUUACUUGCAUUGUUCUGACUUUUUAAAGUCUAUUUUUACAUUGUAUAGCAUGUAGUAAAUCCUCCUGCACAUUUUGUUGUUGGAAGGAAAAGUAAACUUUGAAUAGUGUAAAUAAAAUAGGCCUCAUUUUAAGGAAUCAGUAUUUAAAAGCAUCCUUAGUUCCUAAACAAAGUUUAAAAAACAAUCUUAGUCAGACUUGGAAUUUAAGAUUCAAGUGAGUUCUCCAGGACACUCCAGGAAGGUGAUUCUGAAAGUCAGAAAUCAACACUGCUUUGUAAAUGGUAGCCUUGAACUAUACAAGAUUUGUUCAUAGAUGAACAAAUCCAGAUUUCCUGGUUUGACAUAAGUAAUUGCGUGUUACUUGUUCUUGGUAUUAACACAAACAUCUGACUUAUGUAGUAUUUCAUGUUUGGUUUUAUUUUAGUUAUUAAUGUUCAUGUGGCUUAGAUAUUCUCCCGUAUUGCUGCUAUAAUUUUACUGGUUUUAAAAAGUGUUUGAUCUUAAUGAAAAUGCUUCGAUAUAUAAACAUUUUAAAAGGCAGUAUCUUUUUAAAAAUACAUGUACAGUUUGAAAAACUUGCACCUGACUUCCAAGCUAGUAUUAUAUUGAGAUGUUUGGUUUUGCGUAUCUCUGGAUUUUACUACAAAUCUCUCUUGUAAAUUGUAUGCACUGUCUCCUCUGUGAUGAUGGACCUGCAUUGAAACAGAUGAGAAUGUAUUUUACAAAUCCUGUAAAAGAAACGUACCCCAUAAUCUCAACUUUAAAUACUUGUCACAAGUAAUUUUGCCAGUCUAAAAGAUGAGAUUUAAAUGUAAGGAGUACUAAUUUAAAAAAACAAACAAAAAAAACCCCAACCACUUUUUUCUAGUUUGAGUUCCUAUUGUUUCUUCAUCCAGAUACAUAUACUGAAUAUCUGAAGGCAUUGGAAUAUAAGGUUCUAAAGAGACAAACGUGUUUUCUUCAGUUUUUUCCAUCUAAAGUCUUCAGGGGUUCUGUUAAAGAAUACCUGAAUACCUUGCGUCAUCCUUCAUGUUCAGCUUUAUCGUCAUCACCAAAUACGAUUUUGAUCAGUAAAACAACAUGGUUUGAAAAUAGUUCUCAUAGUGCAUUUUUUUUUGUUCUAAAGGCCUCAAUAUUUUUGUCUUUAGUGCCUUUUUCAGCUUAAAAUUCUUUUUCUCCUCCCUCUCCCCCACUUGACCACCAAUGGAUACUUGCCAGCCUGCUCAGGAAUAAAUAGAUCCUCUCCCUAAGUGUGUCAUAUAUGAAGAAGUUUUUUUGUUGCUUUAUUUUAAUUCAUUUGUGGUUUCUCUAAAAAGAAGGCUGCCAUUUAUUUCUGUAGCUGGUGUGUUAUACAUUCAUUAUGGCAUGCUUUUUGUAUAGAAAUUCUUGAUGUUGACUGUUGAUACCUGGAAAUAGGCAAAGGGGAUGACCCUGCUUUAUUUUAAAAAAGGUGCAUAUGUGAAACCCACCAUGUCUCUGUGUGAGAUUAUUCAGAGGUGCUUCAAUCUCCUGAUGAGGCUUGAAGUGACAAGAUGGAACAAAAUAAACAACAAUUAAGAGAAGAAAAAAAAAAAAAGGACAACAACAGAAAAACUUCUGUCAAAGUUUGUGUUACUUGUAACAAAUCUUGUAUGACAUAAAGUCACAAACUACUAAAAGUAAUGAAACUGGAAAUAAAGACCAGAAACAGCUUUAGUGAGCUAAGCAUCUGCUUGGGAAUUUCAUGCCUCUCAUCAGACUAAACAAGAUUUCAGUAUGAAAAGUACCUGUUUACCUUGUAUGCAUAAACAACAGCUGCCAAAUGUGGCAAGUAUUAUAUGUAUACCUAUAUAUGUACAUUUAAAAAAACAGAUCUCAAAACAUUUGAAUAAAAAGAACCAUGCAAAUCUG